AGUUUUGUUUGGCGUUUGAAUGCGUGUGCACGAGGACCUGAUUUGUCAAUGGGAACGUGAAUUUGAGGGGAAACAUUACGUGGACGGACCGAUGUGUUGCUGUGUUGGAAGAGAUUAACGUUACAUGUCUGAGAGGCGAUCCGACUCCCAGGACUGGGACUGGAGCAGUCCACAGUGCCGCGCACAGCUAGAUGAGAUCUUUUUCCGCCAGCAUGACUAUAUCCAGGCCAGCAGCCCCGAACAUAAGGAGUUUUGGACUUUCUUCGAGCGGUUUCAGCGGUUUAAAGCCAGGAAGGAGAUGGCAGGAUCAAAAUACAACAAGAGUAGCGUUAAGGCUGAGUCGCAUGAAGGCAAAGCUCGGAAGAGGAGUGGAGGUGGCGCCGUGGAUCUUGGGCUCCCGAAAGAAUACGAUGCCCGGUACAAGAUCAAUGUGUCCGUGUGCAGCAGAGAUGUGGAAGAUAGGUUUGGGAGCUCGGGCCAUAGACGGCACAGGGAGCCGUCCGGCCCAGGCCGACAAGAGAUCGCAGACUGUCGCCUGGCUCUGCUCCAUUUUCUGGACUUUACUCAGAAACAGAGCUUUGGCAAACUUGCCAAAUUGCGGCAGGAGCAGAAGAAUCUGCCCAUCUUUCAGUACCGUGACAGGAUUGUGGAGCUUGUGAGGAGCCAUCCAGUGGUGGUGGUUGCGGGCGACACGGGUUGUGGGAAGUCCACUCAGGUGCCCCAGUAUUUGCUGUCGUCCGGCUUUAGCCAAAUAGCCUGCACCCAGCCUCGCCGCAUCGCCUGUAUCUCCCUCGCUAAGAGAGUCAGCUUUGAGAGUCUCAACCAGUAUGGCUCCAAGGUUGGCUACCAGAUCCGCUUUGAGACUAGUCGCACACCAGCUACCAAGCUCCUGUUCCUGACUGAGGGUCUGCUCCUCAGGCAGAUACAGCAGGAUGUGUCGCUGGCCCAGUACCAGGUGCUAAUCGUGGACGAAGUUCAUGAGAGACACCUGCACUGUGACUUUCUGCUGGGUGUACUGCGCACUCUGCUUGCCCUUCGGCCCGACAUGCGCCUGGUUCUCAUGUCUGCCACCAUCAAUAUCAAGCUCUUCUCAAGCUACUUCAGCAAUGCUCCUGUGCUUCAAGUUCCAGGCAGACUCUUCCCCAUUCAGGUAAUAUACCAGCCCAUCCCACCAGAGGAGCAGGUGUCCAAAUCAGAGAAACUGGACCCAUGGCCAUACCUGCGCGUGCUUCAGGGUAUAGACCAGCGCUAUCCGGCCGAUGAGCGAGGUGACCUGCUGUUGUUUCUCAGUGGUGUUGCUGAGAUUUCCACAGUCAUGGAGGCCUGUCAGACUUAUGCUGCACACACAAACCGCUGGAUCAUAUUGCCCCUCCACAGCACCCUGUCACUAGCCCAGCAAGAUAAGGUGUUUGACAUCGCGCCUUCAGGGGUGAGGAAGUGCAUAAUUUCCACCAACAUAGCAGAGACCUCGGUGACAAUUGAUGGGGUGCGCUUUGUGGUCGACUCAGGUAAAGUAAAGGAGAUGAGUUUUGACCCGAAGGCGAAGAUGCAGAGACUUCAGGAGUUCUGGAUUAGCCGUGCCAGUGCAGAGCAGAGGAAGGGCCGUGCAGGACGAACUGGACCAGGAGUCUGCUACCGGCUGUACGCUGAGUCAGAUUAUGAGGCCUUUGCCCCAUACCCAGUCCCUGAGAUCCACAGAGUGGCUCUAGACUCAUUAGUGCUCCAGAUGAAGAGUAUGGGUCUAGGAGAUCCUUUGUCUUUUUCCUUCAUAGACCCCCCUCCAUCCUCCAGCAUUCAGACAGCUGUGACAUACCUGAAGGAACAAGGGGCACUGGAUGUCCAUGGACAGCUCACACCCAUCGGAAAGCUGUUGGCCCAGCUCCCUGUGGAUGUGGUUAUUGGUAAAAUGCUAGUCCUGGGUUCACUGUUCAACCUGGUGGAGCCAGUGUUGACUGUAGCUGCAGCACUUAGUGUUCAGUCGCCGUUCCUCCGCAGUGCUCAGCACAACCCCGACUGCUCCACUGCACGUCAGCCCCUGAACAGUGACCUGGGAGACCCCUUCACCCUGCUCAACACCUUCAAUGCAUGGGUGCAGGUGAAAGGGGAGAGGGGAGGUGGCUCCAGGAAGUGGUGCAAAAGAAGAGGACUGGAGGAGCAGCGACUGUAUGAGAUGGUCAAUCUGAGACGACAGUUUAAGGAGUUGUUGAGGAGCCACGGGCUGCUGGAGCCAGAGGAGCGCUCUGCACAGUCAGCGCAGGACCGGGCCCAGCGCAGGGAGAGGCUGACUGAGCAUCAGAGACUUUUACAGCUGAAAAGGGAGCAUGAGCUGCAGGAGGGCAGCCGCAGGAAAGUGCUCCGUCUGGAGGAAGGCCUGGAGGGAGACCCCUCCUCUGGCUCAGACUGUGAGGGAACAGGAUCUGGCAAGAAGGACAAAGGCUCUGCAGGACAGGACAUGGACAUACAGGAAGUGAAGUUCAAACUGCGGCAUAAUGUGAGUGAGCUUCAGGAAGCUGCGUACAUCAGUGCGGAUCUGUCAUCUCGGCAACAGGCUCUGCUCAGACUGGUGCUGUGCCGGGGCCUGUACCCACAGCUAGCGCUUCCUGAUGAACAUAAUUCUACCCGUAAGGAUUCGGAGCAGGUGUUUCACACUCGUAACAAGCAAGGAGUUGUUAUUCACCCUACCAGUGGGUUUGCCAGUGACCCAGAAGUGCUACAUGUUCCUGAAUAUGAGUCUAGCGAGUUUGGUGCUGAUAAAGGUCAGAGUAAUAGGCAUCAGUUGCUGGCUUUUGUAACUCUGCUGGAAACCAACAAGCCCUAUGUGUCCAACUGUGUACGCGUCCCAGCCCUGCAAACCUUGCUGCUAGUAGCGAACUCCGUUGACAGCAAUGCAGAUUGCUCACGGCUGGUUGUGGAUGGCUGGCUGGAGCUGAGUGUGAGUGAUGGCGAGGCUGCUUUGAGAGCGCUUUCUUCUGCAUUGACACUCAGGGGUGAGUGGGAAAGGCUGCUCCAGGCUCAGCUGGUCCAUGCAGGUCCAGGUUCCACCACAGGCCUGGGGUUCACAGGGCCUAAACUAUCCCGGCGUGAACUGGAGAAACUCGCUGAUGGACUUGUACGCUUUCUAGUCUAUACUGAGGUGAGUUAUAGUCUGAGACGGCUGACCGCACUCCAGUCUCAGAACCUGUACAUCGGACCCCAGCUGCACGCGGAGCUUUCUUUGCCGCAGCUGUUUCCUGGAAUGAGUGCUGAACCGGAUCCAGUUAAAGGAGGCCUGCGUGUGACAAAUUACUUCACAUACAACUGUCUCUGUGACUCCAAAGACCUGUACAGUGAAUGCUUACGGAUGUUUUGGAGCUGCCCUCAUUGUGACCUGCACUUGCCCCUGACACCAUUGGAGCGCAUGCAACAUGAGGCCACCUGCAGGUCUGCAGAAGAACAGCUGCCUGAGGACGACCCUGAAACGGUUAAGUCUGUGUCCUCUUCUAGUCUGACUAGGCUGUACCAUUGUGAUAUCUGUGACAAAGACCUGACCCUCACCUCCACAGAGAUACUCAGACACAAGCGCCAGCACCUGUCCUGAACUCUGCUCUACUCUGUACUCUUUACUAAACUGAAUUAUUUAUAGCCAAAUGGAGUUUUCUGGUGGAAGAAAAAAACUUUAAUUUGUAACGAAGGCUUGGAGUCGUCAUGAACUGCUGAUGGUUCAUUUUUUCCAAAUUGACCUGGAUAUUUCUGUAAUAAUAAAAUACUUCUAUGGAGAUCAUUUGCAUUUUUACAUCAGAAACAAAUAAAAUGUUUUGGGAAGCUUU